AACCGAAGCGCAACUUUUUCCUCAGGCAAUGUGAAAUCCAGCCGCGCACUCGGACAAAAUCUAGUCCCCCGUUUUCAACUCAAAGUUCCGCAAAUAGACCCCCGCGUUUGGGAUCGAUCGAAAACGCGUUCGCGGCGUCGUUUACGGAGCCGAUCUACGUGAGCGGCGGCAUCUUUCGCUCGUGUUUUGAGCACUUUUGUUUAUACUGGCGUAAAGUGGGUGAUGAGUCUCGCGGCCAGUGAAGAAGCAAGAACUUGCUGUGCAGCCCGAGUAGUUCUUUCGAUUGUUAUUGUUGCUUUUAAAAAUAUUUGGAAUACGCCACAAAUAACGCGGAUCGCGUCGAAAGUGGAGGAAAAGUGCUUCUGAAGUCGCAAUAUGGAGCUACAAGGCCUUCAAGAGGCACUGAAAGUAGAAGUCCAAUGUCAUCAGAAGCUCGCCGUCAGAAGUUGUCCUGUGGGGGCGGCCGCCAAACCCCUCGCCCUAAUCAAGCCGCCCAGCCAGAGCAUCGCCGUCUCUGUGGUGCCGGCCCAGACUCCCGUUUCCAUGGUGACGGCACACAUUAACGGACAAAAGACGCUGAGUUCUGAGACGCUCCAGACGUCCCCCAUCAACCUCCAAACGCCCGCCGGACAAAACAUCAGCCGCUCACAGAUGUUGGGAGCCCUCACUGCGAUCCCCAUCAAGGUGCCUCACGUGAGCUGUCUUCAGAGGCUGGCGGGACACUCGCCCAGCGUGCUACCUCAGGUUAGGCCAAAGACUCUUAUUCCAGACAGCCUUCCCCACAGUCCAUGUCGAGAGCAGCAGUCGGGCCAGACGCUGGCCGUGUCGCAGGGCAUGGCUGUGAUCAGCCCAAAGAGCCAGGGCGCAUCUCUGCCAACUGCCAACAGCACCUUCCGCAAUGAGAGACUGUCCAACAGGCAGGAGGAGAGUUCAUCGACGCCAAUGGCCGUGCCCGGCGUCUCCACGGCCAACCCCGGAGUGGCGUAUGCCAUCAUCUCUGCGGCUUCGCCCGUGACUCACGGCGUGUUGGGAGUCACAGAGGCCAUCAAGGUGCAGCCUCUGAUCUUCAGCCCGGACAGCAAGGUUAUAAUCAUCCAGCCACAGAUUCCCAGCAGCUCUCCAGCCUCACAGACAGACAGUGCCGUACGUGAACCGAGCCCCGAUCCCUCGACCCCAGCCAAAAAGACAGAAGAGGAUCCAGAGAAAAUUGCCUUUAUGGUGUCAUUAGGUCUGGUGACGACAGAACAUCUGGAGGAGAUUCAGAGUAAAAGACAGGAGAGGAAACGACGCACUACAGCGAACCCUACGUACAGCGGCCUGUUCGAACCCGAGCGCAAACGCCUCGCCUCGCAUUACCUGAACAGCGCGAUGUUUCUGUCGGCAAAAGACUCUGAGGAACUGGGUUGGAAGGAGGAGCUGCAGCAUGAUGAUCACUGCGCAGUGUGUAAAGAAGAUGGAGAUCUUCAGCCGUGUCACACCUGCACCCGAGCGUACCACCCCGACUGCCUGCACCCCCCUCUCAAAACUGCCAGCAGGGCCAUGUGGAUGUGUCCCAAGUGCCAGAAGAAAGUUUUGAACAAAGAAAACUUGACGUGGCCACAGAACUUCAUCCAGUCGUAUGUGACGCACAAAACAGUGAGAGAGGAGGAGAGGAGGAAGCUCAUGAGAAGAAACGGUGAACUGAAGAAAGAGUGUGAACAUCUGAGCGAACAGGACCAAAGACUCGGCAACUCUCUGUCGAAAUGCAUGGAGCUGAAGGAGCGUCUCCUGAGUGAACAGCGGGACACGCAGGCCUCUCUGGAGCGCCUCAAGACUUUGAUACGCCUCAUCCAGCGCGACCAGAUGAUUCAAUUCACCAUGACGGCCACCACCACGGGAGCGUCGCUGCUCUCCCUGCCCUGGAUCAAAGCCACGGGCGGCAGCACCAGCACCACGCCUCCAUCUGUAGGCCCCGCCGCGGUACUGCACAAAACCCUGCUGCAACCGCAAGACAACAACUGACCCCAGACGCACACCAGAUCACCAAACACAUUCGUACUGAGACACGUUGUCUUCUGGUAACGCGAAUGGGGGGAAGCGCAAAAGAAGUUAUAAUCGUCUUUCGAUUCAUGAGUAUUUUUUAAAGCCAAACACGCACACAGUGCUCACAAGAUUUUUUUUACUCACCGUUUUUGAAUGGGUUAUUUUUCUUGGCCUUACUGUAUUUAUGACUAGAUCAAAUGCCGUCGCAGAUAUAUGAAAUGAGCGUUCUACAUAGCUAGAGGCGUUUUUGUUAUGCUUUGCGUUUUUUACAGGGGGGUUCGGUGUUCGUGGGCGGGGUCUGUGGGUGGGAGGGUUACGGUAGUUGUAGUUGUCUUGGCAGGCGACGUACGAGACAGAGAGCACUGUACAUUGAUAUAUUUGAAUAGAUGGUUAGCAUUUUCAGCAAACAGCGGUUGCCAUAAUAAUUCAGGUUAAAGCGAGACGGACGAGCAGACGAACACGAAAGACAAAUAAACAACAAGGAACUUUUUCAGUAUUAAUAGAGUUAAAAGAACAAAGUAUUUACGAUAACAACAGAAUUUAGCCUUUUUAGUGGAGAUUUGAGUAUUUUCGUGCGGAUGCCUGGGAAUCAUUUCAGACCAGUAUUGGCGGGAGGGAUCGUCGUUGUACAUAUAUUUAUGUUAUUUUGGCUGUCCCAACAAAAAAAGCAAAAGGCCAUUUAAGUUCUUUGAGUGCCUGAUCCCAUUAUCCAAAAACUUUGAUUUUGUUUGCCCACUUUAUAAGAUAUGCCAAAAACCAGGAGCGGUUUUGUACCGUUGACGUUUCAUCUCAUCUCGCUUCCGUCUGUUUUUAUUUUCCCUUACGUGUUGUUUGUUUUCUUUUUAUGAUCCUUCAUUACGUCAUGGACAUCCACCACAGCUGCAUUAUUAUUAUUUCUA